UUUGCUAGAUAUGUUUUGGACUGAACGUCAAUAUAUAUUACAUACAUGACAGAAUGUCACAUUAAAAAUAAAAAGACGAUUAUAUUCAUUACGAAUUAAGGCAUUUUCUGUUCAUUAUUAUUAAUUUUUAAUUAACGGUGUGUUAUUGAGUGUUCUUUGGAAGUUUUAUUUAUAAAUACUAUGUAUUCCAACUUAUUAAAUACCUUAAAAACAUCGGUUGUAAAUUUAAAUACGUAUAACAGAUAUUUAAGCAAUAAUGUUGCGUGUAUAACCAAAAUGCAUCGAGAAGUUUAUUCAAGAAUGUAUCCAACUCGAGUUGUAUUACCUGAUGGGGCUUCAAUUAUUGUUAGAUAUCACGAACCACGCAAUAUUAUUAAGUUGCCACUUAAUUUAUCACUGUUAUCUGAAGAAGACAGACGUAUUAGACUAGAAAGAAGAAAACCAAAGAAAAAAGUGAAAAUUACAGAUGAUGUUGAAGACAAUUUUAAUGCUAAUAAAUAUUUGAAAUUCAUGAAAAAACAAAAAUAGUAAUAUUAGUAAUACUUUUAUUUAUUCAAUUAGUUCAAUAGAAUGCGGCAUAGUUAUACAAAUAGUUUUAAUUAAUAUCAUGUUAGUGGUUGAUGACAUUGAUAUAUACUUAUUUCAUUAUUCUUUGUGCAUUAUUUUUUUAUGUUAUCCUAAAAUAAUUAAAAAAAGAAGAAAGAUGAUUUGUCCUGAAUUGUUAACAAUAGGAUAAUAGUAGGAAGUAUAGUAAUAAUAGUAGGAGCCUAUAAAACAUAAUAGUAGAGUUAUUAGAGGUUAGAGUUCAUCUGAAUAUAUCUGGUUCCUUCAGAGUGGCUCCUAUUGUGGAGAAAGUAAGAGAAAGUCGCUUAUGCUGGUAUGGCCAUAUUCAAAGAUGCAAAGAUGACUAUGUGGUUAAAAGAGUGCUCAAGAUAUCAAACUCGACCAGAGGUAGGGGCAGGCCACAUGUUACUUGGUAGAAUAAUAUUAAGAAGCAGAUGGAUCAGGACAACCUUAAUAUACAGACAACCCAGAACAGAGUUCUCUGGUGCGGAUUUACAGGGAGACCCGACCCCAGAUAAACUGGGAACAUGGGUUGGACAAAGAAGAGAGUACAUCUGAUGAUUUCGACUUCAAUUCUAAAAACCU